AUGGGGCUCUUAUCCAACUUCCAGAACCAUGAUUCUUCGUACUUGCUUCUCCAGAGUGUCACCGCUCUGCUCGUAACUGCGAGUGCCUACGGGCUGUAUCGGGGCUAUCAGGUGCGGAGUAUGUUUCAAUCGCUCAAGAAGCAGGGCAUUCCCCUCAUGCCUCACUCCAUGAUCUUCGGCCAUCUCGAAGUAAUCGGGAAGCUCAUGUCUCGUAUCCCAUCCGAUGCGCACGGCGAUUACAUGAUGGUCCUAAUCCAGGAAAACUGGAAGGAGCUCUUUCCCGGUUGCUCCAAAUGCCCCCCUGUGUUGUACAUUGAUCUUUGGCCCUUCGCGCCGCCGAUGUUAAUCUCUAUCAAUCCCGACACAUCGGCUCAGUGCACGCAGGACUAUUCCUUACCCAAGGCAUACCAGCAAAAGCGCACGCUGUACCCGUUGACCCGCAACCGCGACGUCUCCUCGAUGGAAGGGGCAGAGUGGAAGGUCUGGCGCAAGAGACUCAACCCUGGCUUUUCCAUCCAGAAUAUUACCAGCCGGAUCUCCGAUAUCCUGGAAGAGGUUGAGGUGUUUGUUGGUGUACUGGAAGCACGUGCGGGUAAUGAUGGUGCCUGGGGUGAAGUCUUUCCCCUCGAGAAUGCCACCACUAAUCUGGCUAUGGAUGUCAUUCUGCGGUUCUUCUUGAAUAAACGCUUCCACCAACAGACUGGCCCGAGAUCGCCAAUUACCGUCGCCCUCCUCGACACAAUAUCAAGAAUGUAUUUCUACGUCAACAUCUUCAAUUUCUUGUCCUACAUCAGCCCUUGGCGACACUUCAAGCUGUGGCUCAACUACCGGACGCUGUUCAACUCCCUCAGCCCGUUCCUGACAGAACGCAUAAACGAAAUCCAGAAGAACAGCCAGGUCACCAACAAGACCUUGAUCGAUCUCCUCGUUAAAGCCAUGGACGAGGAGAAAGGCACAAACGGAGCAGCGGGCGACCUGUCCACCAACACGGAUUUCCUCGAGACCGCCAUUGGACAAAUCACCACCUUCCUCUUCGCCGGCCACGACACCACCGCAUCAACCAUCUGCUGGCUAUUCCGCCUUCUCGAGCAACACCCGGACAUCCUCUCAAAGCUCCGCGCUGAGCACGACGCCAUCCUGGGCCCAGACCCAAGCCAGGCUGCCGCUGCCCUGCGCGCAAACCCGCAGCUUCUCAAUGCCCUCACAUACACGAACGCCGUGUUGAAGGAGUCCACAAGAGUGCACACCAAUGUCGGCACCAUGCGCCGCGGUGAGCCGGGCUUCUUCCUCACAGGCCCGCCUGGUUCCGGCCCCGAGUGCGAGGGCAAGCAGAUGCCGACGGAUGGGUUCGUAGUCUGGGACGGGAACUUUGCGAUCCACCGGAGUCCGGACGUGUGGCCGCGGCCGAACAAGUUCAUUCCCGAACGGUUUCUAGUGACGGACGAAAAUGACCCGCUACAUCCGCCGAAGAACGCGUGGCGGUUUUUUGAGCUCGGACCGAGAGGGUGUAUUGGGCAGCACUUGGCUAUGGUGGAGAUCAAGCUUGUCAUGGCUCUGGUAGUGAGGCGCUUUGAUAUUGAGUGUGCGUGGGACGAGUGGGAUUCUAAAAGGAACUUCAAGGGCCCGCAGAAUAUGGUCUGGGGGGAUCGUUGUUAUCAGGUUGGAGGAGACUCGCCGCCUCAUGUGAAGGAUGGCAUGCCUGUUCAUGUAAGGGUUCGGGGGUGA